CGAGAAAGAAAAGAAAACACACAAGUACACAAGGUAUUGUCCACGUGGAACGUGUGUAUCACACAUGUCCAUUGAUUUGGCAAGGUGUUCAAAAGAACAGAACAUAGUGUAACCAUAGAAGUUCUGCUAGUCAUAGAAACAGCAAUACUAGCUUGCAUCGAAAGCACGUUUGGUGCCAAGAGUCCACGUCAGCAAAAACGGUUUCAGGUACGCGAUGAUAUCAAAGUAGUAGCAAAAAAUAAAGUCGCAAUCAACUACCGUCUUUUGACACUUUCCCUCCAUCCUAUAUAUAAAAAAAUGAAAAAUUCCCUUUCUCCAGAAUGGAAUAUACUCGCGCCCAUUACAUUCUAUAUUUCAUUUCAUAACCGUUUUCUUCAUUCUCUCCUCAGAUCUACUUUCUCUCUCUCUCUCUCCAUGACUUCUCGUUCUUGUCUUCUCAACCACCGAAGUCUCUCUCUCCGUCUCUCUCGUAUUCAUCGCCUCUCUCUCCCUUCUUCUUCUUCUUCUUCCCUCGUUUAUUCUUCCUCUUCUCGCUUGGAUUGUACCAUCGUUAAGUUACAAUCAUCCGUUAUUCAACAAUACAGCUCAUGUGUUCGACGAAAUGUUUCUACCGGUGCCUUCGAUGAUGAUUCAUUUCAUUUUCCGAUAUUCGAUGAUUGGAGUCCUGAAGAGAGUACGUCAUACGCCUCAUCCAGUGACGGCGAAGACUUUGAUGGUGACAUCUUUCUUACCCCAGUGCAUGAUGUUGAUUUGCCUUCUGCUUCUGCUUCUGCAUCAAAUAAGGACGCUUUAACGGUGGCUGCUCAUCGGCUUGUAACCAUUGGGAGGGGACACAAGAAACAUAGCAUCAAACUUGGCAUUUUCAUCACUAUGGGGCUUAUAAUCGGCAUGACAGUGCUACUUUUAUAUGUAGAUUGGUGUGUGUGGAAAAUUGUUAGACUGCCGUUAUCACCUUUUUACCUGACCCGUCCAUUUCUCAUAUCAGCCAUUUUGGUUUCUUUUGCUGGCUAUGUUUUUGUCCCAAUUUUUCGUCAUUUUAAAGCUAUCCAUGUUAUCAAGCAACAAUGGCCUCUUAGACAUCACUUGAAAAGGAGGACACCCACGUUGGGUGGUUUAUUUUUUGUACCUAUUGGUAUAAUUGUUGCUAAUGUUAUCGCCGAUACCUCAUCUAUAGAAGUGUCUGGGGCAUCUGGUGUAACAAUUGCAUUUGCAGCAGUCGGUUUACUUAGUGACAUAUUAAACCUCACCAAGAAUCAUUGGAGAGGUUUACCGGCAUUGGUAGAAGUUUUCUCGGAGGUAGCUGUUGGAGGGUGCUUUUCGUUUUGGUUGGACAUCACCAGUAUAUCUUCACCUUAUGGCAUGAAGACAUUACUCCCACUACCACUAGGCCUUGUGUAUUUGGGACGAUAUUACCAACUCUUGACCUCAUGUUGUUUUGUUUCCAUGGGACAUGGUGUUAAAUUAGCAGAUUCUCUUGAUGGACUCGCUGGAGGCACUGCUGCAUUGGCUUUUAUUGGAAUGUCAAUAGCUGUACUUCCAAUAUGUUCUGAGCUUGCUAUAUUUGGAGCUUCAAUGGCGGGAUCUUGUGUUGGAUUUCUUCUACACAACAGAUACAAAGCAUCUGUUUUUAUGGGUAAGACAGGAUCUUUAGCCCUUGGUGGUGCAUUAACUGCAAUGGCUGCAUGUACUGGAAUGUUCUUCCCGCUACUAAUUUCCUCUGGAAUUUUCAUAGUUGAGUCGUCAUUAGUUAUUCUUCAGGUAUUGUACUUGAAGAUAACAAGGGGUUUUCUGGGAGGAAGUUGGCACUUUUUGAGAGUGCCACUUUUUUAUCGCUGCCUCCAUUUGAGCAGGUUCAGGGAACCAAAUAUUGUACUAGCUGCAUAUCUGAUUUCAUCUGUAUUGGCUUUGCUUGGCGGAUAUGUUGGUCUUAUUUCAGCAUAAUAACUUCCGAGUCACGUGAAACUUCUCAUUCUUACCUGAUUUAAUAGCAGCAUAUAUCCUCGUUAUGUUGGUCUAGAACACCAACCAAUACAAGAGGGUUUGUUUUACACACCCAUUUUCACCUAGUGAACUUAAGAAGAUUGGACCAUCAUGACAAAGUUAAAAAAUAACCAUUGAGAACCCAAGUACAUUGACAAGAAACAUAUUAAAUCUUGACCAUUGAAUUUAUUUAUUUUUUAACUUCACCAUAAUGGUUCAAUAGUUUAAGUUCACCGUACUAAAUGUCACCUUAAUUAAAAGUACACUUUUGGACAUUGGUGGGAUAAAAUUUUGACUUUAGCGUGGUCUUGGAGGAAUGCUUUGUGUUUGUUUAGAAGUUACUUUAGGGCAUUUGGCCCUCCUCUAUAAAAAAAAAAAAAGAAGUAUACCUUCUAAAUGUUGAAAAUAUUA